CAACAAUUAGAAGAAGAAACGCCUCGAUUGGAAUCACUCUCUGUAUCAGACAACAAAGGCCUCAAAAGAAAAAGAGUAGGCCAAGACAUGUUUACUCAAGAAUGUGUUAAAGAAUGGCAAUCGCCUCGUAUUAAAGCAUGGGAAGCUCGACAUUCGGCUCCAGAUUCGUAUUAUUAUCGAUUCGUAGUUCCAGGUGAAGGACAACAAAAUGGUGCUUGGUCUGCAGAGGAGCACAAGUUGUUUAUGCAACGAUAUCAUGAAUGGAUGACCAAGGGGUAUAAAAUAGGGAAUGCAUGGGGCGUGUUUAGUAUGGGCAUUCCACACAGAGUGGGGUAUCAGUGUAUGAAUUACUAUCGAAAACUUGUAUCUGAUGGCAAAUUGAAAGACGAAAGCUACACCAUUAUCAAUGGAAAACUAAAGCAGGUUGUCAAAGACAAAGCAUUUGGAAGCCAUGUGCUUAUCUCUGAUUUGGGUCCAGCAUGGCAAGACGAAGAUGUCAAGCAACAAGAAAAGCAAGUGGAUCAAUGGAUCAAAGAAUUCCAUGGCAGUAAACUAUCAGCAAGACCGGUAUCAAAACCAAAG